AUGAGAGCAGUGUUGCCAUUAACAUCAUCAUUCAACACAACUGUUGAUAAUAAAAAUCCAAUUAUGCAAAAGGUUGGGAAUGGCCGAUUUUUUUAUCGUGUUGCAUUGAAGUAUGCUUCAUCAAGUUUACAGUUAAGUGCAGUUAAUUGUGGUUUUAAAAUUGAACAAACAUACACAGCUGUGAAUGAUUCAUCACAUGUUCGAAAACAAUCAGAUGACACAUGGAAACUGAAGCUAGGCGAAAAAGUCAAAGUCAUGAUAACAAUGACGACGACACAACGACGAUAUCAUAUAGCAUUAGUUGAUUAUUUACCCGCUGGUUGUGAACCAUUAAAUACACAAUUAAAAGGUACAUUGACAGGUGAUACACAGUCAUCGGUAUCAAGAUCAAAAGGAGCCGAUUAUUAUUAUGGAUGUCCACCUUAUUCAACCAUUGGGUGGCCUGAACAUAAAAAUUUAAGAGAUGAACGUGUCGAAGCUUUUCGAUCUUUAUUAUAG